CUCUGUACUGACUAAAAAGGCCACGGACCCGCGUCGACCAAUCAGGGCCGUUGACGUCACGGAGAGGGGGGCGUGUUUAGCGAUGUUGCGCCGCAACCCAACCUGACAGCUGUAGUCUUGUUUAGCUUGACUGGAAAGGUGCUCCUGAACUUCACAUAAGACCCUUCACAGGACAUAAAGACAGGGUCCAAAAUGGGAAAGAAAAGCAGAGUGAAAACCCAGAAGUCGGGGAGCGGGGCCACAGCGGCUGUAUCCCCAAAAGAAAUGAUGAACCUGAUCAGUGAGCUACUGCAAAAGUGCAGUAAUCCCAGCUCAGCACCAGGAAGAGAGUGGGAAGAAUAUGUGCAGAUUCGUGGACUUGUUGAAAGGAUUCGCAAGAAGCAAAAAGCAGGCUUGUCUGUAGUCUUUGAUGGCAAAAGAGAAGACUAUUUUCCUGAGCUGAUGCAGUGGGCACUGGAGAACGGGGCAUCUACUGAGGGCUUUGAGCUGGCCGAAUUCCCCAAUGAAGGUUUUGGAUUAAAAGCAACGCGGGAAAUAAAGGCUGAAGAGCUAUUUCUUUGGAUACCAAGGAAGUUACUGAUGACUGUGGAAUCCGCAAAAACCUCAGUUCUGGGGUCACUGUAUUCACAAGACAGAAUCCUGCAAGCAAUGGGGAACAUCACCCUGGCAUUCCACCUGCUGUGUGAACGGGCUGAUCCCAAUUCCUUCUGGCUGCCGUACAUCAAGACAUUGCCCACCGAGUACGACACACCCCUUUAUUUCCAGGAGGAGGAGGUGCAGUAUCUCCAGUCUACCCAAGCCAUCCACGACGUCUUCAGCCAGUACAAGAACACAGCCCGGCAGUACGCUUACUUCUACAAAGUCAUUCAGACCCAUCCCAAUGCCAACAAGCUGCCCCUAAAGGACGCGUUCACGUUUGACGACUACAGGUGGGCUGUAUCAUCCGUGAUGACACGACAGAAUCAGAUCCCCACCGAGGAUGGAUCUCGGGUAACUUUGGCCCUGAUUCCGCUAUGGGACAUGUGUAACCACACCAAUGGCCUGAUAACUACCGGUUACAAUUUGGAGGAUGACCGAUGCGAGUGCGUGGCAUUGCAGGAAUUUAAGGCAGGCGAACAGAUUUACAUUUUCUAUGGCACCCGGUCAAACGCAGAGUUCGUCAUCCACAAUGGCUUCUUCUUCGAGAACAACGCUCACGACCGGGUGAAGAUAAAGCUGGGCGUCAGCAAGAGCGACAGGCUGUAUGCCAUGAAGGCCGAAGUCCUGGCACGGGCCGGCAUACCCACGUCCAGUGUGUUUGCGCUGCACAUCACCGAGCCGCCGAUAUCUGCGCAGCUUCUGGCUUUCCUGCGAGUCUUCUGCAUGAGUGAAGAGGAGUUAAAGGAACACUUAAUCGGAGACCACGCAAUCGAUAAGAUCUUCACCUUGGGGAAUAGCGAGUUUCCCGUGAGCUGGGACAAUGAGAUUAAGCUGUGGACCUUUCUGGAGGCGAGGGCUUCACUCCUGCUUAAAACCUACAGAACCACAGUGGAGGACGAUAAGCAGCUUGUGGACAGCGGUGACCUCUCCCCGCACGCAGCCAUGGCCGUCAAGCUGCGUCUCGUCGAGAAAGAAAUCUUGGAGAAGGCCGUCAAAAGCGCCUCGGAUAACUGCAAGCUGUACACCAAGCACCUGGAAGACGAAGACCCGCUGCCCAAAUACGAGGAGAGCAACAUCGCCUUCCUGGAGAACACGGCCUCCGAUGCCAAACUUCCCCUGGUCCUGAGAAGCCUCGACGACGACGAGGCCGAAGCCAGCGAGCUGAAGAGACAGGAGACCCUCACCAUCACCGAGAUCACCGAAAACGGCUACCUGAACGGAAAGGACUCUCUGUACAACGGGACCAAGUCCGAGAGCAACAGCGCCCUGGCGGAGGACCACGCGACCAGCGAUGCCAAAUAAUGUUCCCGCACAAGGGCAGCUAGGAGGCAAAAGUGCAAUUGUGAACUGUUUUUUUUUUUUUUUUUACUUUUAAAGGAGAAGCGCAGAGGUUUCUGACACCGUGCACCUGCAUCGCCGUGUUCCCCUUUUUUAACAUUUCUGCAGGAGGAGAUGUUGCUGCUUCUGAUGUUAUUUUUUGGGUGGGAGGGGUUUCCUAAUGUUGACUUUAAAUAUAUAGAGCAGGAAUAGGCAGUGAUCGCUAUGGCGGCCGAGCUGUAAAGAUGCCAGCGAUGACUACUGGCGCCAAGGCGGGGUUGUUGUCUAAUCUUGACGGUUUGUCUUCGGAGCAUAGACACAGGACAGUGUUUCCCAACCAGGGUGCCUCCAGCUGUUAC